AUGGGGACCAAGAUGGCGGAGCAGGAAUCCCCUCCGAAGCUGUCAGGCGUGCCGCUGCCUGAGGGGGUGGGAGGAGGCCGCUGCUCGGAAAUCUCCACCGAGCUCAUUCGCUCCCUGACAGAGCUGCAGGAGCUGGAAGCUGUGUACGAACGGCUGUGCGGCGAGGAGAAAGUGGUGGAGAGAGAGCUGGAUGCUCUUUUGGAACAACAAACCACCAUUGAAAGUAAGAUGGUCGCACUCCACAGAAUGGGUCCCAACCUGCAGUUGAUUGAGGGAGAUGCAAAGCAACUGGCUGGCAUGAUCACCUUUACCUGCAACCUGGCUGAGAAUGUGUCCAGCAAAGUCCGCCAACUAGACCUGGCCAAGAACCGCCUCUAUCAGGCCAUUCAGAGAGCUGAUGACAUCUUAGACCUGAAGUUCUGCAUGGAUGGAGUUCAGACUGCUUUGAGAAAUGAAGAUUAUGAACAAGCUGCUGCCCAUAUUCAUCGUUACUUGUGCCUGGACAAGUCAGUCAUUGAGCUCAGCCGACAGGGCAAAGAAGGAAGCAUGAUUGAUGCCAACUUAAAAUUGCUGCAGGAAGCUGAGCAGCGUCUCAAAGCCAUAGUAGCAGAGAAGUUUGCCAUUGCUACCAAGGAAGGGGAUUUGCCUCAGGUGGAACGGUUCUUCAAAAUCUUCCCACUGCUGGGUUUGCAUGAGGAUGGACUAAGCAAGUUCUCAGAAUACCUUUGCAAACAGGUGGCCACUAAAGCUGAAGAGAACCUGCUCUUGGUGCUCGGGUCAGACAUGAGUGAUCGAAGAGCUGCGGUCAUCUUUGCAGACACACUCACCCUCCUGUUUGAAGGGAUUGCCCGCAUUGUGGAAACCCACCAGCCCAUAGUAGAGACGUAUUAUGGACCAGGGAGACUUUAUACUCUGAUCAAAUAUCUUCAGGUAGAAUGUGAUAGGCAGGUGGAAAAGGUGGUAGACAAGUUCAUCAAGCAAAGGAACUACCAUCAACAGUUUCGUCUUGUCCAGAACAGCUUGAUAAGAAAUUCUGCAACAGAAAAAAUUGAACCAAGGGAACUGGACCCUAUCCUGACUGAGGUCACACUGAUGAAUGCCCGCAGUGAAUUGUACUUACGCUUCCUCAGGAAGAGGAUCAGCUCAGAUUUUGAGGUGGGGGAUUCCAUGGCCUCAGAAGAAGUAAAGCAAGAGCACCAGAAGUGCCUGGACAAGCUCCUCAAUAACUGCCUAUUGAGCUGUACCAUGCAGGAGCUGAUUGGCUAUUAUAUUACCAUGGAGGAGUACUUCAUGAGGGAGACUGUCAAUAAGGCUGUGGCUCUGGACACAUAUGAAAAGGGCCAGUUGACAUCCAGUAUGGUAGAUGAUGUCUUCUACAUUGUUAAAAAGUGCAUUGGGCGGGCUCUGUCCAGCUCUAAUAUCGACUGUCUCUGUGCCAUGAUCAACCUUGCCACCACAGAACUGGAGGCUGACUUCAGGAACGUCCUGUGCAACAAGCUGCAGAUGGGCUUCCCAGCCACCACCUUACAGGAUAUCCAGCGUGGGGUCACAAGUGCUGUGAACAUCAUGCACAGCAGCCUUCAGCAGGGCAAAUUUGACACGAAAGGCAUCGAGAGCACUGAUGAGGCCAAGCUGUCCUUCCUGGUGACUCUGAACAAUGUGGAAGUCUGCAGUGAAAACAUCUCCACUCUAAAGAAGACUCUGGAGAGUGACUGCACUAAACUAUUCAGUCAAGGCAUUGGAGGCGAGCAAGCCCAGGCCAAGUUUGACAGUUGCCUUUCUGACUUGGCUGCUGUGUCCAACAAGUUCCGGGACCUUUUGCAGGAAGGGCUGGCAGAGCUCAACAGCACAGCAGUCAAGCCGCAGGUGCAGCCUUGGAUCAACACCUUUCUCUCUGUCUCCCACAACAUUGAGGAGGAAGAAUUCAAUGACUAUGAGGCCAAUGACCCUUGGGUACAGCAAUUCAUCCUCAACCUGGAGCAGCAAAUGGCAGAAUUCAAGGCCAGCCUGUCCCCAGUCAUCUAUGACAGCCUGACAGGCCUCAUGACCAGCCUUGUUGCUGUUGAGUUGGAGAAAGUAGUGCUGAAAUCCACCUUCAACCGGUUGGGUGGUCUGCAGUUUGACAAGGAACUGAGGUCACUCAUUGCUUAUCUUACCACGGUGACAACCUGGACCAUUCGAGACAAGUUUGCCCGUCUCUCUCAGAUGGCCACAGUCCUCAAUCUGGAGCGGGUGACUGAAAUCCUAGAUUACUGGGGAGCCAACUCUGGCCCUUUGACAUGGCGCCUCACUCCUGCUGAAGUACGCCAGGUCCUGGCUCUGCGCAUUGACUUCCGCAAUGAGGACAUCAAGCGGCUGCGCCUAUAGCACCCAUGGUGAGCCCAUGUGGCCCACCAGGCUUUAUUUCCUGAGUAGCUACCACCAAAGAGCUACACAAAGCUGUUUGGCUCAGGUGUACUGAUAACCCAGACUGUACCACCACUAACACCAGAAGGCAAGGCCUGGCCUUACCACCGUGUUCUACUCAGAAGCAGAGCUGGCUUGGGAGCACCUUAGGACAGCCUUUCCCAACUGAGAGAGGUGGGAGAUAAAGUAGGCAGCAUGUGGCCUGGCCAGCCUUUCACAUGGAUGGGUGGUCGUUCUCUCCCCCUCACGCACUACAGAAAACAUGCUGCCCAUGUCAGCCUUAGAGAGCUUGGGGACGUCUGGGGACGAGGUCUGACACUUAUUUGUAAACAUCAGAAUAAAGACAAUGCUUGGAGAGACACGAGCAUGCUAGUUCUAGGGAGAGUUGGCUGCUUGGGUAGGACAUGCAGUUAAACAUCUAAGGCCAGGGCUGGAGAGAGAUCAGUAAAGUAAGUGCUUGUCUCCAAGUAUGAGAACUUGAACUGACUCCCUGGAACCCACUUAAAAAGCCAGUCAUGAGUCAGGCGUGGUAGCGCACGCCUUUAAUCCCAGCACUCAGGAGGCAGAGGUAGGAGGAUCGCUGUGAGUUCGAGGCCACCCUGAGACUACAUAGUGACUUCCAGGUCAGCCUGGGCCAGAGUGAGAUCCUACCUUGAAACACCAAAAGCCAGAAAUAAAAAUAUAAAAUAAAAAAAGCCAGUCAUAGUGGUGCAUGCUUAUAAUCCCAGUGCUGGAGAGUUGGAGACAAGCAGACUGCUCAUUGGCUAGCCAGUCUAGCCUGCUUGAGCAAUCCAAAAAAAGGUAAGAGGACACCUGAGAUUGUCCUCCACACAUGUACACACACGCACAUGCACACACAUUUAAAAAAUGUCUAAAAGCCAGGCAUG